AUGUAUGGACCACCUGGAGAUCCAUAUUUAAUUCAUGAACAUGCUUAUUACGAAAGUGGAGAUUUAGAUGAUGUAUUAGAUCCUCGAACGUUUAAUCAUGAAGGUGGAUUUCAUAGACCUAGUGAAUAUGGAAUUGGGUACAAGAAUUAUGAUUUUACUCUAGAUGAAGAAGUAUAUUCCAAGAGCUAUAUGAGUAUAUUUACGGGACACGUUUACGAUCAUUUUGAUUUAUAUUUUAUUGGAUUUGUUAUAAUGGUAAGUAUUUGGUUAUACAUAUAUUUUAAAGAAUUACAAUCAGCUUGGGCCUGGCUAUUUGAUGAUGGAGAUAAUGAUGAUGAGGAUAAAAAACUGGAUAGUGCAAAACUACGUUACAUUAAAGUGUGA